AAAAAAAAAAAAAACACACCUUACUUUCAGCAAUCAUGCGCUUGCUCUCUUCACGCGGUGCAGCCAAGCAAGAGGCAUCUUCCUCGCAUUCAUCAUCAUACAAACCAUCCUCUGCAUCGCUCUCCCGAUCCUCAUCUUCCUUGACCUGGUCAGUCCUCUGCUCUUUUGUCAUCCUCAAUUCAUUCCUGGCCUUGCUCUCGCCUUCAACUUCCGGUGGUCGAGCCCUUGCAGCCCUUGAGCCUGGAUUCUGUGGAGACUGUCAAACAUUCGCGAAUGCCAUCCAAGUCUGUGGUGGAUCGUUCACUCCCGCAGAUAUUGAGAUCGUUGGCGAAUAUGUCCUCCAACAAGCUUACUCCAAAUGUCUCUGUACAGAGGUGAUGCAAAAAGUUCUCUGGACCUGUGCCAAAUGUGAAUUGCUGGCAGGUCAUCACCAGGCCAAGGCGCCUCCACCUCAAAAGUAUCAGACCCAAUGUAUUGCUUGGGGAAUGACGAUUCAGGAAUGGAAACAGCCCUACACCGGCACUGUCGCCCCUGGUACCCAGACAGAUGUCACAGGAGGGGGCGGAACGAACCCGAACCCGAACCCUGAACCACAACCAACACAACCAAACCAACCCUCUGCCACCGGACCAUCUAAUCAACCCAAACCUUCAAACGGAAGUGGAUCCAACCCCGGUAAUGGGAAUGGUGACGGAAACAACUCCACAUCCCCUCCAAAUGCCAAUGAAUCCAACUCUUCAGCUGACAACUCAGUCUCUGGAAACAAACCAGCGGAGCAGACCUCUACAGGAUCCAACGGGCUUACAAUUGGAAUUGCUGGCGGUAUCAUCGGUAUAGCCGUGGUUGCGGGUACGAUCGCUGUGGUAAUGAUGAAGCGUCGCCGUCGCCGUCGCUCACCCUUGGAUCUGGAUUCGCUUCCUGGUCAGACCGGUCAGUUCGCGCCAAUGGAAGACAAGUGGGAGAAUUCUGUCCAUCAUCCUAGCUCACCUCCUUUGCCUCCUGCCCCUAUUGCAAGCGCAACCCCUGUAGCUGGACACGCCCGUGGUGGUUAUGAUAACGCUGGAUACAUGGAUGGCAAUGGCAGUGCUGUUGGAGGAUACGAUCCACAGUAUGAUGGAUACAAUCAAUACGAUAACUAUGAUCAAUACAAUGGACAUCAUGGAGGAUAUGGUGGACAGUACGGAGGGCAGUACAUGGACCAAGGCCACUAUGGGCAAGGACAGUACGAUCAAGACUAUCACCAAGGACACCCGGGACAAGAUGGGUAUUCAGUGCGUGAUUAUGGUGGCUACGAAAACAAGAGCCAAGUUGGUGGACGUGAUAACUCGCAUUACAUGUAAAAGGAAGAGGGUCGACUCCCUUCCUCCCCUUCCAGUCCUCGACACCAUUUUAUACACCUACAUCAACAUCAGCAUACUCACACACAUUUAUAUUCACAUCCAUAUCAAAUAAUCCCAUUCUUCUUGUUCUUGCAAGGCCUAUAAAAACGAAUAAAAAAGAAAGAGGAGAGGGAAAAAAAAAAACCCCCCCGACGUUGAUAAAUUUCUUUAUUAGUUAAAAUACCUGAUUAGCAAUUGA